AUGCCGUCCAAGGCUCGGCGGCCAAAGCCGUCCACGACCAAGGCCAUACCCAGUGCCAAGAAGCCCAACUCCAACACGAAGCUCCCUGCGAUCGACCCGAGUGCAGUCAGCUCAACAACUACUCCGUCCAUUGACGCCAUCGCUAACGUCGUUGCGCCAGAGAGGUUGCCGCCCCUCGACGCACCGCGCAGUGACACAACAAGUGCUAUGGCACCAGUCGACGCGCCUGCUCGGACCUCGGACACAGAGCCCGAUGGUAUCGCAGCGCUAGGUGGCGUCGAAACGGGCGACGUCAUUUUGGUCUACGAGCUGUACCGCGAGCCCUUUCCCAUCGAGAAUGGGGCAAUCGCAACCAGUGCCAUUGACGAGGCGUAUGCGCUUUCGUUUGUGAUGCCCGCUUGCCACAUCCACCUCUCGGUGCAUGCCCCCGCUGAGAAGAGAGAGCGCGAUAUCCAAGGCGACGCCGUCUACUUGCCCGAGAUAGCCCCCGGUCUCAUUGGCACUCUCUGUGCCAGCGCAACGUACUACGUCUACGUGACCGAGGACGCAGCGACGUUGCAGGCGGUACCUCCAUCAACGACGCAACGCGGGUCCUUUCAAGAGCUGACGCUCGGCGACGGCCGCGGCUUUGAUUCGUGCACAUGCAUUGAAGGCACGCCGUGCGUUGAUGAGGGCGGCUGCCGCAACUGGCGUAGUCGCUAUGCGAUUGCGACGGAACAUGGUUGGGAGGGAUUUGGCUUGGAAGGGAGCUUGGAAUAGUAAGUUAACAUUAGAAUAUAUACGGCAAAUGGAAC